AUGACUAAGAAUACUGCCAAAAAGCGAGCUGCUGGUGGUGUUGCUAGGCGACUCAGUGGACCUCUGGGAUCGCCGGUUGCCUCUCCUCCUCCAGCAAGCCCAAGUAGUGAGGGGGAGGUUGAGGUAGUACAACCAGAUGCCCACAGCUCAUGGUGUCUUAUUUGCCAUGACGGUGCUGAGGGAGACGUUGUGCUCUAUAAGUGCAGUGCUUGCCCUUGGGUCAUGUGUAGCAGGUGCCUUGAUGUGCCGUCUGACUCUCGCAGCCUGGUGGCUCAACUGGACAUCCUUUUUUGGUGCCUUAGCUGUCAUACUGGGCGCACCCAUAAGGUGCCCGCACCUUACUAUGGAUUCUACAGAGGGAGCCUUCCGGCUCAAGGAGGAGAACCUGCUCUGCAGGGUUACCUUCAAUUGAACGGCAGGUUCGAGACUGCAUCAUCUGCAGCAUUGGCUGCUGCACCCAUUGCUGUCAUCCACUUCAUUCUGGGUGGCAGUAAUGAGGUUGUGACGCCCGUUCCUCUGCUCUCUCACUAUUUGGAGCACUACUUUCCCAACGGUGGGUACAUUUAUAUUGAGGACGCCCGCAUCACCCAGCUCAAGUCUCACCUUGCGCAUAGCGGACGUGUCUUGGCCUUCUUCUCCGAUCACUCCGAGGAAGAUAGUGGGUGGCUUUUUGCUGGGAGAGAGAAAGGUAAAUUUGUCGCUAUGAGCAUCUCUCAGCCCCUAUUUGGCAUCCUUGGUGGUGCCAUCAUGAUGUUCCUAGUGUGCGGCUCAGUUGUGGCCCAUGGUGACACCUUUAGUGAGCUCCAGGAAGCUCUACUCAACUACGGUGUCGCAUCCUCCAUCAUAUUCUCUGCCAAACACUUUCAGCCUCUGGUUGCCACCCACUUUUUGCUCUCUCUAGCGGAGCAAGUGAUAAUCGAGGACCUCGACAUCCGCACUGCAUUCCCUGGUCUUCUCUCUCCCUCUCCAGUCGCCUUGGACAACACACGGACGUAUGCGCGAGCCCACAUGCAGACCCAACCUUGGGGUAUCCCAGUCCCUUCACAGUGCCCUCUCUGUGGGUCCACCAAUAGUUGGUCAGAGAGGGUCACCGUCAAGGUGUCUUAUGAGCCUCUUGACCCUGAUGCUCCAGCCGAGGCUCCUGUAUCCAGUAAUACGAAGGCUAUCAGGCGAUACUACCUCCAAUUUUUGACUGAUGAGGAUGACUUACGGCUGGAAGAAAAGCUUUUGGGAGAUGAGCUGGAGGAUGAGAUAUCUACCUUGUCCCCCGAGGAAAGGGAGGCAGCAGCCCGUCCUAAGGAUGCAGCCUUCUACAAGAAGGCAGUUACUGACUGGGACGUUGCCCAGAAGCUAUUUAAGCAGGAGAUUGACGAGUAUGACAAGGAGGAACAAGCAAAGUUAGGGGUGAAGAAUGAAAUCAAGUAUAGAACCGGUCAUACUAGAGAUUGGUUCAAAAACAUGACCCCUGCACAACAGAAGGAGGUUGAGAAUGCGAGGGAAAAGUGGAAUAGGGACAGUGCUCCUCUGGAAUCCCAGACGAUGUAUCGAAAGAGGCACCUCAAAAGAAUUCUUGAUGACUUCGCUGAACAAAUGUGUUGUACUAUGGGAUGUUGGGUUAUGAUCCUAGCUAGUCACAAGAAAUCUGCUGACCAGACUCUAAAUGUCAUUGUUCAUGAGUUGAAGCCGGUCAACAGUAAAAAACCCUUUACUCAGAGUUCACGAGGGAAUAAGGAAUGGAUCUCUGAAGGGUUUAAAAAAUUCACAGAAUGGUCUAAGUUAGAAUUUUACCUGGACGAAAAUGAUGACCAGUCAACUGAUGAUGAGGAGGAUGACGGCAAGGUCAGCCCACCUGAAGUCAUUUUGGACAAAAAAGGGUACCCGAAGCUUCCCUCCCGAGCUGGAGUUAGCACCAGAGGGCAACAAGAAUUGGUGUGUCAGAUAUUCCGUGCAUCAUACAAGGUCUUUACCAACACUAACAAACCAGUGCCUUGGCACAAGGUGGUGGCAAAGCCCUCUCUCUACCUGGACCUCAAUUCAAUCCCAGAAGGCUUCAUCUUGAGAGACCCAUCUCAUAUGAGGGCCAAAAAUAUCAAUGAGCUCUGGGCUCACUGGCAGGCUAGGAAGGAGGAAAAUAAGAAGCUGGUGAUAUUCGUUGCGGGUAAAAUAGGUGAUAUGAGCAAGGAGCUCCUUAGGGACACGGUUCCCCACCAGGAGAAAAUGAAGAAGAUGUAUGUCGAAAUUGAGCCAGGCAAACCUAGUCAUGUUACAACUUGGAUGGUAUCUGUUGGCGAUGCUCAAACAGAGCGUGUGUCGUCAACAGUCGAGGACGUCCUUGGGCUAGCCCAAGUCAAGGGUGCAAAUGAGUCGGCUGCAGCAGCUUCCACAGGUCGUACAACAGCAACGGCCAGCCGACCUUCAGGUGCUCAGGAGGGUGCUCCUGCAACGGUGCCUAUGAAGGAUCGAAUCCCAUUCUUGAAGUCUCUGAGCAGCAACAAUGAAUACCUUCUUUUAGUUGAGGGCAUCAGAGACUUGGGCAAGAAACCAAAUUUUAACCAGCAAAAAGAAUGGCCUGCCUGGGCAACUUGGUCCUGGGAAGAGUCUUACCUUCUGAAUGAUGUGCACUGCGUGGAUGGUGAGGUGCAGAAGUUUUUAGAGACAGCUGCAUCUAUCAAGAUCUCUGGCUUGUCAUCCGCAAUGGAGUGUAAACGAGCCAUUGAAUAUGAGGCUGAUGAGGUCACCUUCCAGACUCCCAGUUACAUUAGCACCUCAAUCUUGGAUAUCAAGGUGCUUGACAUGGUUGUAGAGUCGGUUAACAAGGAAAGUUCUAUACUCGAUAACACUGCUGGUGGAGGUGGACUUGGAGCUAAAGAUGAUGCUCAUGAUCACAAAGAUAGUGUGAAGGGAGUUGUCGAGGCAGAGAUGAGGCAGAAGCUAGCAGAUGAGUUGCAGAUGCUUCAGAAGAAUAUUGCCAGGAAUGAGAAGUUGCUCCUAGAAAACCAGGAGGAGGAGGACGAGAGGCGGUUAGCUGAAGAACAGAGAGUUGAGGAGGUAGAGCAAGAUGAGGAGGGCAAGGAGGGCAAGGACGUGGAGGUGGAGGUGGAGGUGAAAGGGAAAAAAAGAGCCAAGUCCAGUGGUUCUCGAAAGCCAUCCAAGAAGGUCAAGGUUGAUAUCCGUCGAUCCUCCAGAUCUAGGCAGCCCACUAAGAAAGCCAUGAAACUUUAG